UGCGCACAUCCACUGCCCCAUGCGAGUUUGAUAGCGGGGUGUAAGACGGCUAAACAAUUAGACCAGUGUGAAUCUUCUACCUCCCUAGUACCUAGGACUAACACCAAACCUGGGCGGGCGCAGGGCUAGGCUGCCUGCCAAAACCAUGUCGAUGGAAGAUGCCGCCGCCACUGGACUUAUAAGACCCGUUUGCUUCCCCCCCGAAAGACUUGCCCUUCUGUUGAAAGCUUCCACUAUACCUCGUCACUAAUUCUCAAUCCCUCUUUGUUCUUCUUCUUCUUCUAGAACCUCACUAGGUCUUUAAUACUUCAACAACCACAACCAUCACAAUGCAGGCCAAGCUUCUCCUCGCUGCCCUCGUCGGCACUGCCGCUGCCAACGCCGUCCCUCGCGCCGACAUUACCAAGUGCCAGGCCGACCUCGCCGCCUUGACCGGCAUCCCUACACCCCCUCCUGCUCUCCUCAGCGCCUUGAUGUCCAUGACCGACCCUUGCAGCUUCACACCUCCCGCUUCCGCCAGCGCUGCCUUCAAGAGCUACACUGAUGCUCAAAAGUCCUGGAUUGCCGCUCACAGCAGCGAGAUCAAGGCCCUCCAGACCGACUGCCCUCAGGCCACAGGCAGCAUUCCCACCAGCUACAGCUGCAAGGCCGGAGGCAGCUCUCCUACCAGCUCGCCUUCCAGCAGCGGCAGCAGCAGUGGCGGCAGCAGUGGAGGUAGCAGCAGCGGUGGCAGCAGCGGCGACGGCAAGUCUGCCGGUUCUCGCUCCGAGAUUGCCCUUGGUGCCGUCCUUGGUGCCGGUAUGAUUGCCGUCCUUGCUCUCUAAAUCUCUUGUAUCUAUAUAUAUAUAUCCAACAUAGUUAAUGCCAUUCCAAUUAAAAAGUCCACUUACCAGUAUCUUCCUAUUCAUGUACACAUGCACAUAUACAAAACGUUGAUUUCAAGGUAGUGUUUUUAUGUAU